AUGAAAGAUAUUACAGCCAAACUUGACAUCAAGCCUGGUAGUAAGCCCAAGUGUUGCAAAGUCCGUUCGGUGCCAUAUGCUAUCAGAGCGAAAGUUGAGACAGCCCUGAAAGAGCUGGUAACCAGAGGAGUCAUCGUACCAUGGGCCAUGGACCAGGUGUUAAGUGGCCUAGCAGGGGUGCAGUGCUACUUAGAUGACAUUUUGGUAACAGGGAAAACAGAGGCAGAGCAUCUGAGUAAUCUGGAUAGCACACUCCAGCGUCUGAAGCAAUAUGGCUUAAGAGUGAAAGAAAGUCCCACAGAAACACAGCAGACAACAACAACUGUGGAUCAUGGAGGAGAAUCCAGGAUUACAACAGGACUGAAGAAAUGGGUUUGUUUUCUCACACUGGAUCCAAACACAGCAAACAAACAUCUCUUUCUGUCUGAGGGGAACAGAAAAGUGAUAAAUGUGGACAAGAAUCAGUCAUAUCCUGAUCAUCCAGACAGAUUUGAUCAUGUGUUCAAUCCUCAGGUGUUGUGUAGAGAGAGUGUGUGUGGACGCUGUUACUGGGAGAUUGAGUGCAGUGGACAUGUGUAUAUAUCAGUGUCAUAUAAGAGCAUCAGCAGGAAGGGACGGGCUGAUGAGUGUCGGUUUGGAUGUAAUGAUCAGUCCUGGAGUUUGUUCUGCUCUCGCUCCAGAUACUCAUUCAGACACAAUAAGAUAGUGACUGAUCUCCCUGUGAAGUCCAUCAGUCGUAGAAUAGGAGUGUAUGAUGAUAAUAUCAGUAGAAUAGGAGUGUAUGUGGAUGUGAGUGCAGGAACUCUGUCCUUCUACAGCGUCUCUGAUACAAUGAGCCUCAUCCACACAGUCCAGACCACAUUCACUCAGCCGCUCUAUCCUGGGUUUGGGUUUAAUUUUCUUGAUUUUGGAUCAUCAGUGAAACUGUGUUGAUGAAUCAGAAUAGACUGAUGAGAGAUUGUACCCAUAAUGCUUUGAGCUGAUGAUGAAUCAGUAACAGUGAGAUGUUAUUGAGUCUCUUCAUGACAUUAAUACUGCAGCUCAACUUCUGUCACUCAAAUAACAGAAUAAAUGUGUCAGAAAUCACCAUAUAGACAGUAACAUCAAUGUGUGUGUAUUUGUGAUUUUAUUGUUGUGAAUCAAUAAUUCAUUUUAUUACAAAGAGUCAAAAUGUAAUUGAUUGUAAUUAAUUGUAAUUAAUUUCUCUAUUUUUUGUACAGAAAUA